AUGGAAUUAGAAAAGAAAGAGGAGCAUUCUACGGUCAUUUGGGAAGACCUCCAUCAUUCAGAACUAAACGUCAAAAAGCUAUAUGCUUUGCUCAAACUGCGCUGUGAGGUUUUCAUCGUAGAACAAAACUGCCCGUACUUGGAUGUGGAUGGCCUUGAUUUAAUCGGGGAGAAUCGACACAUUCUCGGUUGGGAUGAAAACGAGUUGGUAGCGUGCACAAGAAUACUCAAAAGUGCGGACGGAACAAGGCCAGUUGUCAUCGGUCGAGUAAUUGUAAGCGAAGCAUUUCGUGGAGAAAAACUGGGCCAACGUCUGAUGGAGCAGACGGUGGCAUCCUGCAUAAAACACUGGCCAGACAAGGCUAUUUAUCUGGGAGCGCAAACCCGUUUGCAAGCCUUCUACGCACGCUUUGGUUUUACUCAAGUGACCGAUGCCUACGACGAAGAUGGCAUUUCUCACAUCGGAAUGAGGCGUGAGGCAAAUUAG